GCCUGUCAGGAAAGCCAGGAUUCUCAGGACCACCAGGACAACCAGGCAUCCCUGGAAAUGAGGGUCCAAUGGGACUUCCUGGUAUCGCAGGAUGCAAUGGCACCAAGGGUGACAGGGGGUUCCCAGGACCACCCGGACUGCCUGGAAGAUAUGGAUACCAGGGCCUUCCUGGGCUACCAGGACUGAAGGGUGACACAUACUACACUGACUACCCGCUGGAUGUGAAGGGACGACGAGGCGAUCCAGGAAGAGAUGGAGAACCAGGCGAGUCAGGGUUGCCAGGACUACCAGGGGGUCCAGGACUAAUGGGACUCAUCGGAAACCCUGGAAAUUCUGGUUCAUCAGGUCUACCUGGUGAGAAGGGUCUGGAGGGUCGUAGCACUGGGACUCCUGGUCGGAAAGGUGAAAAGGGUUAUCGAGGACCACCUGGUACGCCUGGUGUGAAAGGCGUGAAGCUGUAUGCUUCAGGGCCUAAAGAGUUAAAGGGAGAACCAGGCGAUAUUGGGCAGACUGGUUCUAACGGGUACCCUGGGGAGAAAGGCCCCACGGGCCCCCCUGGUCCUCCUGGCAUUGAUUCAAUUGUGGUGAGUGACACAUCCAAUGGGGGAAAAAGGUCAUCAGGGUCCCCCUGGUCCCCCUGGAGACGUAAGUAA